AUGCAUCUUGAUGUGCACGGAAACGCCUUGAAAACAAUGCCGCCCGCUACCGGGUGUUGCACAGCACUGCUUACGCUGAACUUGGGUCGUAACCAGUUAAGAACGCUUCCUUCCGAACUUGCGAUGUGCAGCGACUUGCGCUCAUUGCAGGUUUACGAGAACGAUCUGCAGCUGCCGUUGCCAGAAGCGUUCCAGACAGCGUAUCUCCAUCUGGGAAACCUCAACUGGAGGGGAAACCCAGCCUUUGCCCACGUUCCAGCGGUGGUGGAGCGGCAGGGCCUGCGGGCUCUGCUCACGUACUUUACUCGCCCGUUAGCGGCGUCGGCGUCUCAUCGAGUGACGGAUGCUGGCCGCUCAUAG